CAUUCAUGCGCGUGAGUACUCGUCUCCGGGAAGUGCUGUCCUGCGACGCUCCUGCUGCUGCGAGAGCACGCCUCGGUGGCUUCCUGGCACUUUCCGCUGCCCGUACUCCCACGAAUCGUGCAUAUCACUCCCCGUCGCCGACCUCCUGGAAGACACUGCAGCUGCAGGGUCAUGAGCGCAUCGUGGGCAAGGGCCGGAAGCGGCAGCGCGUCGAGUCGGCCGAGCUGCAGCGCAAGGCUCUCAACGAGGCCACCAGCGUGAUUGUGCUCCGCGAUGCUCAGGACGACACCAUCACGCCCGCGCCACGCCCCGGGCACAGCUCACUUAGCGCUCGAGAGGUAGAGGAUGCCAUCACCGGUCAAGGCCCCGCUCCGGACGAGGUCGAGGUAAAUGCAUCGAUCGACUCGUUGCGGCCGGAUUCAUCUAUACUGGAAACCGCACAGUUUGAGACUCUACGAGAGCGCCUGGCCCAUGACUACAAACUGCCCCAACUUUUGCAAUACCUCAGAGCCAAUUUCCGCCCUGAUGCUCGUCUGGCAGCAGGUUCUGCUUUAAAGGCACAUGGAAAAGGCUUGCAGGCAUCGCCGUGGCAACCGGAUCGCACGCCUCUGCAAGUUCGCCGCACGAAGCUUGUCAAACCGAGCGUGGCGAGUAGGAAACUGCGCACUGCCGAGCGAGUCCUUCGUCUUGCCUGGGGAGUGACUGUCUUCUCCGAAGAACAGGAGGUCGGAGAGCUUGAGCUCGCUCUACAGCCAUGGCAGCUGUCAAUGCUCUUCGACCUCUCAGGUACAGAUGACAACUCCUAUUACCAAAAUCUGAUCUCUGCUCCCUUUCUUUUGGAGGCUACAAAGAUCGAGCAAUACCCGCCAGACAGCAUUCUGAGGAUCACUGGCCGCAGAAGGGACGCGGAAGAGGUCGCCUACCAGCUCGAACUGGCGUUGUCCGCUGUUCGACCAAUGCGUAUCAAUUUCGCCGAUCUUGGCGUGCCUGCUAGCGCGUACUGCAGUGAUGAGGAAUUGGCGCUCGUUUCGAGAACUACCAAGUCUGUGAUUGUCAGCCAAGGGCGUAACUUGAUCACCAUAUACAACAGGACUGACGUUGGCGCGAAUCAUGCUCGCCGUCUGCUCCUUUCAAUGCUGAAUCUGUCCACAUUCUCUGCCGCAACGACCACAUCUGCAUACAUUCCAUCAUCAUUCUCUCGAGGUGACAAGCGCAAGCCUUCCCUGUUGCCAGUGGACAGCAGCGUCAACGGACUGCACAUACGACAGAGGAGCGAAGAUCUCGCUCGUCAAGUACAAGCAUACCAGGAGUUUCCUGCGGGUACUGAGAUGUCAUCUGCGCAAAGACAUCGCAUUGCUACUGAAAUUACAGAGCGACUCCAUGAAGGUGAAUCAAUGCUACAGUCGGAAGCAACUGAAAGCCAGCUCUCCGGCUAUUGGAGAGGAAAUGGAGGAUUAUCGAGCAACUGGCGGGCCGAUUUUGUCAAGUUUCUUCAAACAGAUGCACAGCCGAACAACCAGAAAGCAGUCAAGCACAGAAUCACGCAGUAUCGUCUUCCGGGCAUCGAAAGUGCUCUAUCAAGUAUCGGUACCUAUCGAGCACCACAUCGCAUCCACUCAGGAGAUGCCGUCAAAGAGACGAGGGCGCCUAUUGACCUUGGAGCACCACAAUUGAGGGUCCAUCUUGUUCCAAAGCCCACCCAGGAGAAAACCUCACAUUCCCUGCCACAAGUCCAGCUUCUCUUCGGAUUUUCAGCAGAUGAAGAGCGCGAACUCAUGUUCGCUGGAAUGCGAGCCAUCGUACAGACACGGAUAAUGCAAGUCCCGUUGCCAUGCAAUGCCGUGGACCUCCUGUUCACACAAAAUCAAACACUAUUCGCCGAUCUGGACGCUGCUCGACAAGAUCCAGAGAUCGCGAAUUUUGCGCGGGAGGUACAACGGUCGAUGCAAGCAAAGGACGAAGUCUUGUCUGCACCGCCAGAAUUGAACAUUCUUCUGCCAUCAUCGCUUGUCAGCGGCCAGACACAAACACCAGGCGCAGAUCAACAGAUCCCUGUCACAUAUCUCCUGGAGAGGUUCGAGCAGACGCAGAGUCGGAUAUUCGGUCUCAAAAAUGACUUCCUUGAAGCUCAGCAGCAAGAGCUACAGGGUGCAAAGUUUGACACACCCGACAAUGACUUGCGACUGGAGUACAAGGAGGUGGACGGUGGCACCGUGUUUGGCCCGAGCACUAAAUUGACAUUGAAGGCUGCAAGGAAAAGAACCGAUCAUGAUGGCGACAGUCAGGAUGCCAACACUGACGGUGUGCCCUCCACGGCCGGCGGCGAUGAUGGUGCAGCAUCUUUGAAUGGCUCCAAAUAUUUCCUCGCUUCUACAGCGUUGGCUGUUGCGGACUCGCUGACAAAAGCUGCUCAAGGGUCUCUCAGCAAAGUGUCAUCUGUAUGA